CUCAAGAGCCGGAAGAGUAUGAUUCUCCUAUCUCUUACAACAUCCCUUGCCCUCUAUGAUCUGCAAGGCCUCCGUUCGCCACUGUCGUGAAACACGACCGGCUUGCGCCUUACGGCAGGCCCUUACCGGCUGAGUUUGGGAUUGGGAGAAAGCUGUCUGUGUUGCGCGUGCGCCGAAAGGAGAGCGAGCGGCGCUGUUGUUGGAGGUCAUCAGAAGUGGCCGGCGCGGGUUCCUUUGGCAAGGACGACACGUGGGAAGGAGGAGAGGGGUGCCUUUAGAGGAGAUGUCAUUUCGAGGAAGAGGUGGAGGUAAUCGGGGUGGCGGCUUCAAUCGGGGUGGCGGCGGCUUCAACAGAGGCGGACGUGGUGGUGGAAGAGGUGGAUUUGGCCGAGGAGGAGGCGGCCGUGGAGGCUUCAACAGAUAUGAUCAAGGACCUCCAGAAAGCGUAGUCAUACUGGGAGAGUUUAUGCAUCCGUGCGAAGAUGACAUUGUUUGCAAAUGUACCACUCAGGAAAACAAAGUACCUUAUUUCAACGCACCAGUCUACUUGGAAAAUAAAGAGCAGAUUGGGAAAGUGGAUGAAAUAUUUGGGCAGCUCAGAGACUUUUAUUUUUCAGUCAAAUUGUCAGAAAACAUGAAAGCGUCUUCCUUCAAAAAGCUACAAAAAUUUUUUAUUGAUCCAGCAAAAUUGCUCCCACUGCAAAGGUUUUUGCCAAGGCCCCCUGGUGAGAAAGGACCUCCAAGAGGAGGAGGAAGAGGAGGACGUGGAGGAGGAAGAGGUGGUGGCAGAGGUGGCAGAGGUGGAGGUGGUUUCCGUGGUGGCAGAGGUGGUGGCAGCGGGUUCAGAGGCGGACGAGGUGGAGGUGGUGGCCGUGGAUUUAGAGGGAGAGGGCGUUAAACGAAGAUCUGGAGAACUUCUGGCUUCAUCUACAAGACGCUCCAAGAGGAUUUCUUGCCAGCUUGAAUGCUGUCAAAUGGGCUUUUCAGCAUGCCAGUUGACUAAAGGAAUAACGUGCUAUCUUACCUUUAGUUCAUGGAUAACUGUUAAGAAAGGACAAUUUUGGAAAAACUGCAAAUAUCUUACAGUUCUGACUUUGAAAUAUAUUUGACCUUGUUUUUAUCAGAGGUGAAAUGGAAUGUUAUUUUUCUUAAACAGACUUUAUGCUCUUUUUUUAACUGAAAACCUCACCUUGAAGAGGGAAACUAAAUGAAAUAAUUUGCAGAUUCAAAAUACCAUGCACGAUGUUUUGUACUUCCUUCCCUAUUUCUCCAGAACUCAGUGGUUUGGGUUUUUUUGGCAGUCUUGGGAUAGUGUUUCAUGAACCUACGAAAAGUGUGUGCGUUAAACAAACUGAAUACAAUUUCACAAUUAUAUUUAUAACAUUCCUAAAUGCCAUUUUUGACAUUAAUAAUACUAGUGUCAAACUCUUAAUUACAUUUGUAGUAUUAAAGCUGUUUCGGCUGUA